UUCGAAUAUCGACUUGGACCUGUAGAAAAACAAGAAAAUGUCACCGUCUAUCGCAGCCGGAGCAUUAUUCUUUGCCACUUUAGUAGCAGCAAAUAAUUAUUUUCAUCCUCUGUCCGAUGAGUUCAUAUUCUUCAUCAACCUGAAACAAAGCUUCUGGAAAGCUGGCCGAAACUUCCCCGUGGACAUUCCUCUGGAUUACAUCGAGGGACUAUUGGGAGCGCUAGAGAAUCCAUCGCCCUCACUCCCCUUGCGAAGCCACGACCCUUACUUAAUAGCGAGUUUACCGGAAAGCUUUGAUGCUAGAGAAAAAUGGCCGAAUUGCCCGAGUAUGUAUGACGUCAGAGACCAGGGAUCGUGCGGGAGCUGCUGGGCGUUCGGCGCCGUCGAAGCGAUGACUGAUCGAGUCUGCACUUACUCGAACGGCGCCAAACAGUUCCACUUCUCAGCGCAAGACCUGGUCAGCUGCUGCCCGGAUUGUGGAGAUGGCUGUCACAGUGGAUAUCCGGGUAAAGCGUGGGAAUACUGGCAAGAAGUAGGCAUUGUAUCCGGCGGGCCGUAUAAUUCCGGUAAGGGCUGCAGGCCCUACGAAAUUGCUCCUUGCGAGCACGCCGUCGAAGGCCCUAGGCCGACAUGUGGUAGAGAGGAAAACACUCCAGCCUGUGUGGACAGAUGCAGAGCUGGUUUCAACGGCAUGUACUACCAGAACAAAGUCCGCGGCAAGAAAGUUUAUAUGCUUCAAGGAGAAGGUAACAUGAAGGCUGAAAUAUUUAAUAACGGGCCUAUUGAGGCUAGUUUCGUAGUAUACAGUGAUUUCAUUCAUUAUAAAAGCGGAGUUUACUCUUAUACAUCAGGGGAAUCGCAUGGUGGACACGCCAUUAAAAUCUUGGGUUGGGGAGUGGAGAACGGUCGGAAGUACUGGCUGUGUGCCAACUCGUGGAACAGCGACUGGGGAGACCAGGGCUACUUCAAGAUCCUGCGAGGAGAGGAUCAUUGCGAAAUCGAGAGCCGAGGAGUUGUUGCCGGGGAACCUGAUUUAGAUUGGUUUUAAAUGCAACCUACAUAUUUAUGGAAAUUUUAAAAAUUUAAUAACAAGCUAAGAAAUA